AUGUAUUCCAAUAUAACUACAGCUGACCUUAGCGAAAACUUCACGGCAAAGCCUACAAUAUUCCCCAGAUCUGGAUAUAGCAUUUUGGCAUUUCUCAUGUUUUUGAAUGCAGUAUUUUCCAUUUUUAAUAAUUUGCUAGUGAUUUUAAUAACUCUAAAAUAUCCACAACUCCGCAAUCCCAUAAAUAUUUUUAUUUUGAACCUAUCCUUUUCAGACCUAUUAAUGACAUUGUGUGGAACCACCAUAGUAGUCAGUACCAAUUACCACGGCUAUUUUUACCUGGGUGAAAAAUUCUGUGUUUUCCAAGGAUUUGCUGUCAACUAUUUUGGAAUUGUGUCCCUCUGGUCCUUGACGAUUCUAGCCUACGAAAGAUACAAUGUGGUCUGUGAGCCAGUAGGAGCAUUGAAGUUCAGCUCUCAGAGGGGUUAUCAAGGCCUGGCAUUUAUCUGGCUCUUCUGUCUUGUAUGGGCAAUAGCACCACUAUUCGGCUGGAGUUCAUAUGGACCUGAAGGUGUUCAGACUUCUUGCUCAAUUGGCUGGGAGGAGAGGUCCUGGAGUAACUACAGUUAUCUGAUCGCCUACUUUCUGACCUGUUUCAUCAUUCCUGUAACCAUAAUUGGAUUUUCAUAUGGAAGUAUAGUGCUCUCAUUGUAUAAGCUGAACAGGAAAAUAGAGGAUCAUGGGGGAAAGACAAACAGAGCAGAAGAGCUAAGAGUAGUAUUGAUGGUACUUUUCAUGGUGAUUGCCUUCCUUAUAUGUUGGCUGCCAUAUACAGUGUUUGCUCUUAUUGUCGUCAUUAAACCCACCUUAUAUAUUUCUCCUCUGGCUGCAACUCUGCCAACAUACCUGGCUAAGACAAGUCCUGUCUACAAUCCAAUCAUCUAUCUCUUUCUAAACAAACAGUUCCGCAGUUGUGCUGUUAAGUUGUUGACUUGUGGCCACAUUGACCUGUCUGCACCAGAAGAAGUUACCAUCUCUAUGGCUGAACCAGUGGAAAGCCAAACCCCUGCUAAACCCAAUCAAGUUGCACCAGCUUAGUAAACACAGAAUGAUGAGAUUCAGCAAUAUGAUUUAUUGUCUGUUUUGUACAGUAAAACUGAUACAAUUUGCACUGAUUGAUAUUAGAUCUGUUGAGAAAUUUAUAAAGCAGAUUUUUUUAAAUUAAGUUUGUCAUUAUACAGCAAUCGUAACUACACAAUCAACAAAUGACUAUGUGUAAUAAACAACAUCAUUUUAUUCAAGAAUAAUAUAAUUGUCACAUUUAUUAUAUUCACACUAAUAACUAGAGAUGAGCGAAAUUUUUAAAAAUUCUAUUCGGCCGAAUCUAUGUUAAAAACGGCUAUUUCUGGACUACAGAGAGCCUCAGUAGGGGUGUAGAGAGCUUUGCUUUGUUUUAACACACAUAUGGAGUGUGCUGUGGUAGUGAAAUAAUACUGUUAUUCAGUAUGAUAUGCAGAUUACAGGCAUCACUUUUUGAAUCACUGCCGCAGAGCGGCACAAUGACAGAGCCUGGGGGUGGCAUCAGUAUGAGGAGACCAGAUAGUGGCUGAAUGACACAGAAUGGAGGUGUUGGCAGCAUGAGGAGACCAUAUAGUGGCUAAAUGACACAGCGUGGAGGUGUUGGCAGCAUGAGGAGACCAUAUAGUGGCUGAAUGACACAGCUUGAAUGUGGCUGAAGCAUGAGGAGACUAUAUAGUUGCUGAAUAACAAAGCGUGGAGGUGAUAGCCGCAUGAGGAGACCAUAUUGUGGCUGAAUGACACAGCGUGGAGGUGUUGGCAGCAUGAGUAGACCAUAUAGUGUGAGUAGACCUCUGUGGGCACGUGGUCAUAGUUCGUUAGGCGGGGCAAACUGGGACAUCCCUGUUUCCCGAAAGAUCUUUUUGGGACACAGGAAUGUCCCGGUUAGCUUUCUGCGGCCCCACGUUAACUUUAAAAAUGCAGGGGCCACCGGGAGGUAGCGCACGCAGGGACAUCAUGGUAAGUUACCAGCUACAAUUCAGCUUCGAUGCUCCGACCACCGCUCCUCCGGUCCUGGGAAUAAUUGCUACAGUAGAUCAUGACCCCUGACCGGAG